AGCCCGUCUCGAAAACGAAAACCGCCGUACCCACCGGUCGUUGAAAUAUUUUUCUUAUUGCUAGUAUUAUUCUUAUUAUUAUUUUUCUUCUUCUUCUAGUUCCAGCCUGUCUCGACAUUCAGAUCUCGGUUGAUCAACGUGGCCCGCUGUACCCGAACACGGGACCUUCUGAUUUCGGCGCCGGUGCUUCAUCGGACAUGGUCUCGGCGUUGUCCGCACCGUUGCUCACCUCGCUCAUGGUGUUCCAGCUGAUCGGCAGGACGGUGGCGACCAGCUGCACCUGGACAUCUGUCGGAGCAAAUGGGUACAAUCUAGAAUUCGCCAGAUACUAUAAUCAAGAACUGGCAUGGGUUGGGGGCAGUUGGUCCCACCCAGACUUGGCCGAAAGUGGCGGCGACGUGACGUGUGCUCAGAUGGAGAUGGCAGUAACCAUGAAUAGCGACUGGGAAUGGGACUGGCACGUUUCGGCGGGCAAUGUAGACUGCCCAUCGCUACCAAGCUGCACUUGGACGAUCACGAGCUCCGUCACGACCGUCACGUGGGUCACCACUGCCACCACCAAUGCAACCACGGACUCCACCACGUCAGGCAGUACCGCCGCCGAGACGGCCACAAACUCUACCAGCUCACGAAGCACCACCACCGAGACUGCCACGAGCUCCGCUACAUCAGGCAGCACCACAGCCAAAAGCUCCAGCACGCCAGGCGGCACCACCACCACCUACAACUCACCGAUGGCGGAGCAGGAGCAAGGCUCCGAGGCAUCGACGGUAUCCGUCGCCAUCAUCAUCGUCAUCGUUAUCAGCACCUUCCUGGGUUGUGGCACGAUGUCUGCCCUGGUAUGCUUGACAAGGCGACGGCUUGGAAGGCAUAAGCCAGAUGCCUCGCCUGCCAAUGAGACCAACGACUCUGCCGAGGAGACCAACGAUUCUGCCGAGGAGACAGAGGAUUCUGCCGAGGAGACAGAGGAUGGCCCCGCUGGUCUUCUUGAGAGCAUGGACUUCUGGUUCAUCCCAGUGGACGAAGUCAUGCGUAGGCCGGCGGACUCGCCCCUCCCACGUCAUCAGGAGUGUCGUGAUUCAGGAAUGCUGGUCAAAAAGCACAUGACUCUCGAUGGCGUUUUAUCCGGGCAGUUUGCCGGUGAGAUGGCAGCCGUUUCCCAUCGUUGGCCCGUGCCCGAGCAUUUCGAUCCAGAGUGCGUCAAACUGCGUAAAUUGCAGGAGGUCCUGGAAAACAACCCUUCGAUCAAGUUCUUAUGGAUCGAUUGGGUAUGUGCACCUCAAUGGCACGGUGGUGGACGCACCGAUGAGGAGGAGCAGGAGUUCAGGAUGAUUUUGGAGAACAUAUUGCCUUUUAUCUUCCUUGGGUGCAAGGUAAUAGUUUUGUACGAGCGGAUCUACAACCAGCGAUUUUGGCCAAAUGUGGAGUGUUGGAUUUCCACCAAGACGCCGACUGAAGAUGGACUAGUGCCAGCUAACGAGGAUUGUCUCCGAGUGCAGGUCUACGGUAUACACUCGGCGAGCGGGAAGGACAAAGCGAGUAGGGCUCAAGUCCUUAAGUUCUGGCAUUCAGCUGGCACGCAGGAAGCAAUUGCUACACUUUCCCAUGACGACAUCCUUGUCACGAAUGCAAAGGACAAGGAGAUCAAUCUGAAGGUGGUUGCCCUCUUGGAUGAUAAUAUCAAGGACCACUUUGCGCUGCACGUCUAGUCGUGCGACUUUCCGCCCCAUGUAUGUGCUGACUGACCAUCGAUUAUUGACGAUGCCUCUCCUCUCUCUUCCUUCGUCAGCAUAGCCAUUGUGCUGCAGAGGUGCGGUCUGCAAAGUUCAGUUUGUUGAUUACGCACUGGCUGGAGAAGAUCGAAGGCUCGAUGCUAUUUCUCCUAGCCACGGCUUGGGCCAAGCUGAGCAGCGGCGAAUCCGCUAACGAAGGCUCUCUCCAGAUCCAUCCAAUCAACGGACAGUGUAUUAAUUGCCGGCAGCCCGGCAGGGCAAGCCGGUCGCAUAUUGUCUCGCUCACGCCCACGUAUUUGCAGCACGCAUGACCGACCUUUGCGCAGGUGGUUUGUUUUUGACUCAGGUGCGUUGACUUGUGCUGCUAGUGGCACGGCGGAAGGAUCAGCCUCGCAACAAUCGCAGGCUCAAUUCAUUCCGAGCUUGCGAAGCGAGACAUUCGACCGUGGGGAGCGAGCACGUGUGUUUGUAGACAUUGUAGUGGAUUAUGCGCGAGAGAUGCUGCUGAGGUUGUAUCUUUCUGUCUCCCUGCCUCACUGGAAGAGGAGGAGGGGAGGUGAAUGCAGAGCCGGAGUUGGCCAACAUUGCAUUAUGUCAGCACUGCGUGUUGCAAUCGUUCACCAUCUUAGCCAGAUUGCGCAGAGUUGUCCCCUUGCGUAGUGGUCCGUGGUCAGCACCACAUGUGUUGACGCAGCUGUGAUAUUGGUUUGUAUCGACACGGCGGUUCAUCUGUCGUUGGUGAACAAUGUUGAUACGUGUGGAUGGAUUUGCACCUUUGAGCGCGUGACUCGCGCGCCUUUGUCAUGACCGUGGAUCGGUAUGCCCGGGCUCGAAAUUGCAGCAGAGCGCGCCCGUGUGGUAGGUGUACCAGGGGCGGGGGAGCUUGGACGGGGGAGGGGUCGACACGGUCGGGUCCUGUUGGGAACUGGCGUCCCCUUCGCCCGUGCACCUCGACGGCACCCUGACGCACCUCGACGGCUGCAGCCGAGAGGCUUGCUCGGCCCGCCGCAGCUUUGGCCUCCGUCUGGGGCGCCGCCCUCAGAGUGCGACGAGGCGGCACAGGCGGCUAUCUUUGGGCUAUCUUCUGCGAUCCACGCGCCCUCUGGCUGUUGGAGCGCGAUCGCGCGCUUUCUGGAAACGCCCCUCGAGCUGGGUCGGCGGAGGGCCGCAAGCCUGCUGAAAAAGGAG